UGUCUCACAGCUCAGUCACCAUGGGCUGGAUCUCAACCGCAUAAACCGCCAACCGGUGAUCGCUGCCGCCCGACUUGUAUUCUCAGCCUGCCCACAGGUAUAUGAGGGAUUUCUCGUUGACGCACUACAUUUCAGCGUCAGACACUCCACAGUCUGCCGCCGUGUGAGUAAAAUACUCUGUGUUUACAUUUAGUUUGGACUGCUCGGCGUCGGGAGACUCCUCAGGAGGCGAAGCAGAGCGCGGAUAUGGUUCCAGAGCACCGAUGGAGAGCGUGAAACCUGAAUUAUUCCCCUUUUAACAACCUCGCCGAUAUCAGCUCUCCUGUUUUACGCACAAGGAGCGCUUGGAAUUAUUGCGACCCAGGCAAGCGUGCGCACACCGGAGCACAAACCCGUGGCAUGACAGACCCGAGCGGCGGAUUGACGAGGUGAAUUCAGCCUCCUAAAUGUCAGGAAGAUGAAAUCUCCAGCAGCAGCAGCAGCAGCAGGUCGGGAGAAUAACUCAGGAGGGUUUAUUAGGCCGCGUCACUCCGCGUUCAUUUAACAACAGCAAACCCAAAGGCGACUGUAACCAGUUUAGUUGUUCGACACACAAACAAAAAAAGGGAGUAACCAUGUCCAGGACGCUGAAGAAGAAGAAACACUGGUCCAGUAAAGUGGUGGAGUGCGCGGUGUCAUGGGGGAACCUGGGGGACUUUGGCUCCGUGGUGGAGGUCCUGGGGGGAGCAGAGCUGGGACAGUUCCCCUACCUGGGCCAGAUGAAGCUGGACGUGCUGGUGUGUCACGUCGGGAAGCUGCCCUACUACGGGGACGUUUUGCUGGAGGUGAACGGGACGCCCGUCAGUGGACUUACAAACCGCGACACCCUGGCUGUCAUACGCCACUUUCGGGAGCCGAUCCGCCUGAAGACGGUCAAACCAGGUAAAGUAUUGAACACAGACCUGCGCCACUACCUCAGUCUGCAGUUUCAGAAGGGCUCGCUGGACCACAAGCUCCAACAGAUCAUACGCGACAACCUCUACCUACGCACCAUCCCCUGCACCACACGGCUUCCUCGUGACGGGGAGGUCCCAGGCGUGGACUACAACUUUAUCAGUGUGGGAGACUUCAGGAUUCUGGAGGAGAGCGGUCUUCUACUGGAGAGUGGCACCUAUGAUGGUAACUACUAUGGGACCCCGAAGCCCCCGGCGGAGCCCAACCUGGUGCAGCCUGACCUGGUGGAUCAGGUGCUGUUUGACGAAGACUACGGUGGCGAGGUCCCCAGGAAGCGCACCACUUCAGUUAGCAAGAUGGACAGGAAGGACAGCGUGGUCCCCGAGGAGGAGGAUGAUGAUGAAAGGCCACCGCUGGUCAAUGGAUUGCCUGAGCACAAAGAGGGGGCAGAGUGGAGGAAAGCGGUGCCCAGCUACACACAGUCCAGCAGCACCAUGGACUUCCGCACAUGGAGCUCUCUUCCCCGCGAUGACAGCCUGGAGCCGCUGCCCCUUAACUGGGAGAUGGCUUACACUGAGACCGGCAUGGUCUACUUCAUAGAUCACAAUACCAAGACGACUACGUGGUUGGACCCCCGCUUGGCAAAGAAGGCGAAGCCCCCUGAGAAGUGUGAGGAUGGAGAGUUACCUUACGGCUGGGAGGAAAUUGACGAUCCACAGUACGGCACCUACUACGUUGACCACAUCAACCAGAAAACCCAGUUUGAGAACCCGGUCCUGGAGGCAAAGAAGAAGCUGAGCCAGGAGACGGCUGCGAUCCAACAAGCUGCAACAGCACCUUCCCAAGGUAAGGGAGGAGCGUUUGGCUUCACCUCAGACCCCAGCGAACUGAAGGGUGAGAUGUACCACACAGCGCUGAAGAAGAGCUCCCAGGGAUUUGGAUUUACCAUCAUCGGAGGUGACCGCACGGAUGAGUUUCUGCAGGUGAAAAACGUGCUCAGCGACGGCCCUGCUGCACACGACAACAAGAUGGCGUCUGGUGAUGUGAUUGUUGAGAUUAACGGGAUGUCUGUGCUGGGGAAAACCCAUCCAGAGGUGGUGCAGAUGUUCCAGUCCAUUCCCAUCAACCAGUAUGUCGACAUGGUUCUCUGCCGUGGCUACCCGCUUCCUCCAGAUGUAGAUCUAGACAGCGAUGACCCUCUCCCACCUCCUCCUCCCCCACCGACCACUCAGCCCCAGCAGGCCCUGCAUGGCGGAGAGGUUGUGACAGCUGUGCCCCUCAUCAAUGGACAGCCGCUGCUUGUGAAAGGCGACGUCCUCCACGGCUCCUCGCAGGAGCUCCAUUACGUCACUACGGAUGCUAGCGGCCGGCCCGUGGUGGCGGCCCUGCCUAAUGGGAGGCAGGGGGAGCGGGGAGAAGUGGCCGCAGGGAUUCUGCAACCAGAGCUGGUGAGCGUGCCGCUCGUCAAAGGGCCUGGAGGAUUCGGGUUCGCUAUUGCUGACUGCCCGCUGGGUCAGAAGGUGAAGAUGAUCCUGGAUGCCCAGUGGUGCCGUGGCCUGCAGAAAGGAGAUGUCAUCAAGGAGAUCAACAGGCAAAAUGUCCAAACACUGAGUCACGCCCAAGUGGUGGACAUUCUCAAAGACUUACCAGUGGGCAGCGAGGUCAACGUGCUAGUGUUGCGAGGAGGUCAAACAUCCCCUGUGAAGAGCCUAAAGCCUAGACAGGAAAUGACGGCCAGUACAGAGACUCUGGACGGUAUCGCAGACUCCACCCCCCAGGCCCUGCCUUACCACUCCAACACGAGCACCCUGCGCUCCGCCGACUCCCCCAAACGAGACGUCACAGAGAUGUACCUGAAGUCCAAAGCCCUGCUGGAGAGCAGACAGCCUCACACCAAAGACAUUGAUGUUUUUCUCAAGAGAGACAUUGAAACAGGAUUUGGCUUCCGUGUUCUUGGAGGAGAGGGUCCACAACAGCCAAAUGUGUUUCCCCAGGUGUACAUUGGGGCCAUCGUGCCCAACGGAGCUGCAGAGAAAGAUGGUCGUCUGAGAGCCGGAGAUGAGCUCAUUGGCAUCGACGGUGUGAUGGUCAAAGGUCGUUCGCACAAGCAAGUCUUGGAUCUGAUGACCAACGCUGCCCGUAAUGGUCAAGUCAUGUUGACUGUACGCAGGAAGGUCAUCUACAGGGAUGCGACAGAGGAGGAGGCUCAAGAAAUGGCUCCAGUGCUGGUGAACGGUUCUCCCAAGCUACCUCGCCUGCCGAUGCCCAGCGCUCUGGACCACGAGUCUUUUGACAUCACGCUCCACCGCAAAGACUCAGAGGGCUUCGGCUUUGUCAUCCUCACCUCUAAGAGUAAACCGCCGCAUGGAGUUAUUCCGCACAAAAUUGGCCGGAUCAUUGAAGGAAGUCCGACCGACCGCUGCGGCCUGCUGCACGUCGGAGAUCGUAUCUCGGCGGUCAACGGGCGCUCCAUCAUCGAGCUCUCUCACAAUGACAUUGUUCAGCUUAUCAAAGAUGCUGGCAAUGUUGUCACCCUCACUGUGGUUCCUGAGGAUGAGUACAAGGGCCCUCCGUCUGGAGCCAGUUCAGCUAAACAGAGUCCAGCUCUUCAGCACAGAGCCGUGGGGCAAAGGUCAGCGCUACAGGAUGAACGUUAUAACCUGGACCUGGAUGAGAAAAGGGAGGGAGUCAACUGGUCUGAACACAAGACUCUUCCACUUAGUGAGCAGGGAACGCUGUGCGUGACAGGACCCAACCAGGGUUGUCUGACAGUGGAGUUAGAGAGGGGUCCCAGGGGCUUUGGCUUCAGUCUGCGAGGGGGGACAGAGUACAACAUGGGCCUGUACAUCCUGAGACUGGCUGAGGAUGGACCUGCUCAGCUGGACGGAAGGAUCCAUGUCGGAGAUGAGAUAGUGGAGAUUAACGGGGAGCCGGCACGCGGCAUUUCUCAUACACGGGCUAUUGAGCUGAUCCAGGCUGGAGGAAACAAAGUGGUACUGCUGCUGAGACCUGGGGCGGGCCUGGCUCAAGAUGGCAGUCAACAUGAUCAAAAACCCAUUUCACCCGCAAGCUAUUCCGGAGAUGUUUUCUCUGACACAUCACCCCUGUCCUCUCCAUAUCCCACUGGGGCUUCCAUCUUUGUUUCCUCUCCCUUCUCCGGCAAACUGAAACAUUCUCACAGCUGGAGCAGCAUCUCCCCGCAAGGCCUCAAGCCCCGCGGCAGCAGGGGUUUAAGCUCAGUGGAGGAGAUUAGUGAGUGGGCAGACAAAGAGGUAGAAAGGCUCUCUCCCGCCUCCCCUGAGCACAUGAACUUCUACAAGAGGACCAGGCCCCCAAAGGACUCCAGAGAGCUAAGUAGCCCAAAGAAAACAGGGGAGACAUUUCCUAAAGCCAAAGAGCAACAUCACGGUCCCAAAAAGGCUGAGAGUCAGGCGAAGGAAGAAACACUGAGCAGGAACAGGACGUCUCUCACACAGACAAAAACACGAUCCUCAAGCCCUCGGAAGUCUCCUCAAGAUGGACAGCGAGCGGCUCCGACCUUGCAGCGUGCUGAGCAUCAACAAGGCCCUCAGAGGAGAUUAAAAGACUCUUCCAGCAGAGAGAGCUUGAAUCUUGAAAAGAAAAACGGCAAAGGAGGGAAUCUCGAGAUCAGACGAUACUCUCAAACACGGGAGAUGGAAGGGAGAGGAGAAAGGACAAGGCCUGGCCGUGAGCAAGUAAGUUUCAAAAGGAGGGUGGCAGGAGACCCUCGACUCCACAGGACAUCUCCUCAGAUAGUCAGAGAGGGCGAUAAAGGUACAGGUAAAGACUCAGGGCAGAGAGAUACUAAUGGAAAGUACAAAUCCACAGAAGACAGGAAUACAAGCAAAGAAACCAUCAACAAAAGGGAAUCGCUGCAGUCUUUUAAAGAUAUGUGGAGUAAAAAAGGUUCUGUGGUUCCACCGAGAGAGGCGAAAGGAAGAGAGGACACAUUUUCUUACUCCAAAGAAGCCAGUAGUAAAGACUUUGUGGCCUCUAUAAACAGUUCUCCAGGGACGUCGCAGAGCCCAAAGGGACCUAUUAGCCCCGGCCCUUGGAAAGUGCCCAGCUCAGCCAAAAUCCUCUCCCAGGCAGAGGUCCUUCGUGACCCAUUGUGAUAGAAUAUUGAAUCACCCAGACUUGAGAAUAUUUAACAGUACCCUCAGCGGAUUGUUUUCUGAGUUCUUCCAUAAAACAGAGAAGUGCAACAUGGUGCCACUUUUCUUACCUUUGGACCAUGUUCAGAUUUGUCUUUUGACUCUGUCUUUUUUGGGAGUCCUGUGACAUCACGUGUUGGCAUGUAGCAGCUCCCCCCUCCGCCUUGUCCGCUGCUUUAGCAUCUUCGAUGUGGAACUCAAGCAUGUGCGGCAUGCUCGGGGCCUCGCCAGACGAGACAUUUUGAAAUGUGAAUAUGUGCCAAUCCUGGGAGCCUCCUGUGGAACAACGACUACCAACAGCGCUUCACCCAUUACAAUGCAAUGACCCAUAUGCAAAGAAAGGAGAUAGGCCCUCGCCUCUCGCCUGUAGUAUACACCAAGUGUGACUGUCAUCGAGGGUUUGAUUUAGCUCUCGGCCUCAUUGUGGGAUAUUUUGACUGUCUUUUUCUUAAUCGUUUGCUCAACUGCAUGCAGUCGGUCCUUCUGUUUGUUUUACUGCACGUGUUCUGCACAUCACUGAGGAUGAUCCUGUUUCUUGUUUAUAGUUCCCAUUCUCAACACCAGGCAGAUUUCUAACACAAUCCAGCAAGCGUUCACUUUACCGGGGACUCUAGACUGUUCUAUGAUUAUAGACGUGGCUCUCCUCCAUACAAACAGUAUCAUUCAAAAGACCAGAAACUUGUGGUUUGAGAUCUUGUUUACCAUGUGUACGAUAACCAACCAGUGUGCAAUUUAUUGAGACGAUAGAUUAUUACGUGUAUAUGUAGCUGUACCAAGCCAUUCCACAUUUUGAUAUAGACUUCAAAGAUUUGUCCCAUGUCAUUUGAGCUUUCACUGUCCCUCCGAUGUACUUCAGUGGUAGGACUUACCAUGGAUCUUGUAGUUCAUGAAAUGUAUAGGUAAUGUGCAAACCGCUGUACCAAAUGUUUGCAAUCGCUCAAAACGUGUCUCAUUGUGAAAUAUAAUAUAAUAUAUAUAUUUGAAUGUGUCAUGUUUUGCAGAUUCUAACUUUUAAAUAUCUAUUGAAUUCCAUUGCACUGCAUCUGCCCUUGUAGCAUAACAGAAUGACCAUGAGUUGUAUUUAAUUCGUGAUGUUGACUUGCUACCAAUGCCAUUUUAUUAUUAUUGUUAUUUUAUAAAGCUGUUUCAUUUUUUCUAAAAAAAAAAAAAAUUAUAUAUACAUAUAUAUAUAUAUCACUGUCUAAGGUCAAAAUGGCAAUUUAUAUAAUAAUGUGGAAGUCCCUGAUGGUUUUACCUUUGCCUACUGAGAAAAGAAAAAUGAGGGUUUUUAAUGUGUUUGUCAGUCCUGCUGUAUAAUUAUCUGCCAGGGUAGCGUGAAGGAUGAUGGAUCUUAGAGAGUGAUGAGGUAGUUUACUGAGAUAUCGAGCAUGCUGCUGAUGUGAGACAGGUAUACAAAUAUCCCACCUUCCUGCAUAUUUUAAGGGUUGUUAAGCUGAUGGCCAUAAGAUAGAUAAUUGGUUCCAACUUGUCAAAUAUCGAUGCUUGGUGAGUGGCCCUUGGCAUCAGGUACAGACGCACCAAGGCACCCUUUAUCGGCGGUAUGAUAGACACUGGGCAAUUGUUGAUACUCUGAGCAACUGCCAUAGUAUAAGGAGCAAGAAAGUCCACACAGGGCAGACGGGAGGGGAGGUGGAUGGGUCAAACAAAUUGUUGGUGUACCGUGAAACCAAAAAUAACUCAAGUUAUUUUCAGAAGUAACUGCACCCCAGAGUUUUGGCUGAAGUGCCUCUACAUUGAAAAUUCACAAAAUGCCUCUACAACGUGAAAAAAGUAUCAACAUGGGCAGCAUAGGGCUAAGACACAUCCAGUCACUCCUUUGUACUGUGCAGAGGAGUGAUGGAGGGAGGAAGCGGCGGUCAAGCUGGUCUCACUCCGAAGUCGUUGAAAUUCGGCGCUUAGGCAGUGACUUGUGGUGUCAGACACUGACGAAAAAAGCUUUAAUGUCGGCAUGAUAUGCGGCUGGUCGUUGUUAUAGUUUAAAGGCGCUCAGCAGCAUCACGGGGAAACACGGCGGGACGAGAAUGAAAGUUAAGGCAGCA